GAGACAAGCGGCGAAAGGCCGUGGAGUAGAGCGAGGGAGCUGCCAUAAACAGAGGGCGUCUGCGCCUUUAAGAGGUGGAAAUCGAAACAAUAAACCGUUCGUGGUGUCAAUGUUCUAACAAUGAAUUUAAUCGACAUGGUCUUGAUAAAACUCUUAUUUUUGUUUCACUGCAUACGAAACGCAGAUGGUGUAUACGGGAACCCUCUGACCAAGUACGUCCAGCACUAUGAGGGCCUGUCCUACGACACGGAUGCCCUCCACACCAAGCACCAGCGGGCCAAGAGAGCCCUCUCCCACGAGGACAAGUUCGUGCACCUCGACUUCCAGGCGCACGGAAGAUAUUUCAAUCUCCGCAUGAAGAGGGACACCACCCUGUUUUCACAGGAUUUCAAAGUGGAGAUGUCGGGAGAAGAAAUGCAUUACGACACCUCCCAUAUUUACACAGGAGAGCUCUUCGGCGAACAGGGCAGCCUGAGCCACGGCUCCAUCGUGGACGGCAAGUUCGAGGGCUUCAUCCAGACCCGGCAGGGCACCUUCUACGUGGAGCCCACCGAGAGGUACCUGAAGGACCGGGACGUCCCCUACCACUCCAUCAUAUACCACGAGAAGGACAUCGUCUAUCCCCAUAAGUACGGGCCGGAGGGGGGGUGCGCUGACCGCUCGGUGUUCGAGAGGAUGAAGAAGUACCAGGCCUCUGCGGUGGAGGAGCCCGCCAAGGAGACCAAUGAGGUGGUGGUGGAGGAGGAGGAGCCGUCCGACGGGCCGGUGCUUCUGAGGAAGCGGCGAGCGGCCCAGGUGGAGAAGAACACGUGCCAGCUCUUCAUCCAGACGGACCACCUCUUCUUCAAAUACUACGGGACCAGAGAGGCGGUCAUCGCACAGAUUUCCAGCCACGUGAAAGCCAUCGACUCCAUCUACCAGACCACAGACUUCCAGGGCAUCCGCAACAUCAGCUUCAUGGUGAAGAGGAUCCGGAUCAACACGACGAGCGACGAGAGGGACAAGUCUAACCCUUUCCGCUUCGCCAACAUCGGGGUGGAGAAGUUCCUGGAGCUGAACUCGGAGCAGAACCACGACGACUACUGCCUGGCCUACGUCUUCACAGACAGGGACUUCGAUGACGGCGUGCUGGGGCUGGCCUGGGUGGGGGCCGCUGCAGGAAGCUCCGGGGGGAUCUGCGAGAAGAGCAAGCUGUACUCGGACGGGAAGAAGAAGUCCCUCAACACCGGCAUCAUCACCGUGCAGAACUACGCCUCCCACGUGCCCCCCAAAGUCUCCCACAUCACCUUCGCCCACGAGGUCGGCCACAACUUCGGCUCUCCGCACGACUCGGGGACAGAGUGCACCCCAGGGGAGUCCAAAAGCCAGGACCUGAAGGAGAGGGGGAACUACAUCAUGUACGCCAGGGCCACGUCCGGAGACAAGCUCAACAACAACAGGUUCUCCAUCUGCAGCGUGCGCAACAUCACCCAGGUGCUGGAUAAGAAGAGGGGGAGCUGCUUCGUGGAGUCCGGUCAGCCCAUCUGUGGUAACGGCUUGGUGGAGGACGGGGAGCAGUGUGACUGCGGCUACAGUGACCAGUGCAGGGACCAGUGCUGCUUCGACGCCAACCAGGCAGACGGCAACAAGUGCAAGCUCAGGCCCAACAAACUGUGCAGCCCCAGCCAGGGCCCCUGCUGUACCAGGGACUGCGGCUUCAAGACCCGGAACGAGAAGUGCCGGGAGGAGUCGGAGUGCGCCCACCAGGGCAUGUGCAACGGAGCCCAACCCCAUUGCCCCUCCUCCGAGCCCAAAGCCAACUUCACAGCCUGCCACGGAGAGACGCAAGUCUGCCUCAAUGGGGGCUGCUCUGGCUCCAUCUGUGAGAAGUAUGGUUUGGAGGUGUGCACCUGCGCCAGCUUGGAUGGCAAGGAUGAAACCGAGCUGUGCCACGUGUGCUGCAUGGAGAGGAUGAAGCCCAACACCUGCAGCAGCACAGGCUCGGAGAAGUGGGCACAGUUCUUCAACAAGAAAGUCACCACCCUGCAGCCCGGGUCCCCCUGCAACGACUUUAAGGGCUACUGCGACGUGUUCAUGAAGUGCCGUCUGGUGGACGCCGACGGGCCCCUGGCCAGGCUGAAGAAGGCCAUCUUCAACCCCGAGCUCUACGAGAACAUCGCAGAGUGGAUAGUGGCUCACUGGUGGGCAGUGCUGUUGAUGGGCAUCGCCCUCAUCAUGUUGAUGGCCGGCUUCAUUAAGAUCUGCAGCGUCCACACCCCCAGCAGCAACCCCAAACUGCCUCCACCCAAACCCCUGCCUGGCACCCUGAAGAGGAGGAGACCCCAGCACACCAACCCCCAGCCGCAGCCCCAGCGCCACCACCGCCAGCCCAGAGAGAACUAUCAGAUGGGCCAGAUGAGACGCUGAGGCCGGACUCUCUUUGCCUUGGUUCUUCCUAGUGCCUACAGUGGGAAAACUUCACUCCAAAGAAUUACCUGUAUCAGUCGUUGCCCAAAUCCCCAAACCCCCAACCCCCCAACCCCCCCACCCACCACCGAACGCCAAACCCACCGGCCGUCUCGAACGAACCGCGGCCGAAUUUAACCGGAGAAGGUGAGCAGAGAAAAGACAGAACGGAGCGGGCGGACGUCGCUGUUCUGAGACGGCAGCGGAGCCCGUGUCCGUCUCCCUUUCUCAGCGUCUCUCAGAGGAGCAGCCAGAGAAUCCCGGCGGCCAUUUUAAUGCAGUCUCAGCUUCUUCUCCCAAAACUUCCCUACUUUUUUCCCCUUAAUUCUGGAAAUGUCCAGUCUGCAGUGGUGUCCUCGUGGGACCUUUUUUUUCUUUUUACCCCCCUCCCCUCUAAACCCCCCCUCCCCCCACUUUAAAAGGGACGACGCUCUCCUGAUUGUAACAUCGUGACUCGCAGGUGACAGGGGGUUUUUGCUGCUGAGUAGGGCCAGGAAGAGAGACCACCUCCAAGUGGAAGAGACUUCACAUUGCCAAUGUAAUUAACAUUGUUUAAAAACGAAAAAAAGCGCUGGCUUUUUAUUUCUAAUGCAUACGCGUACUUUCUGCGUGCAAUUGUACAGAUAUCGCAAUAUAGUUUUUUUUUCAUUGUAUCAUAAAAGAAAAUGGAUCCUUUUUUUUUUUCUUCUUUUUUUUCCUGCUGUUUGAUGAAGAUGACUUACUGUUUUAAUUGACACUCUCAGGAUUUAAAAAAAAUAAAAAUAAAAAUACAAAAACAAAGGAAGGGCCUGGAAGUGAGGGAGGGGCUGAGAAUGUUCCGGGUGCUUUUUAUAGCAGCUGCGAGUAAGGAUGGCUUACCCUGUGGUGUUAACCAGCUGGCUUUCACAUGGCAUGCGCACAUGUAACAGCUGUGAAAGUGUAAACUGCGUUGGCUGUUAAAAUAACAGGGCAUGCAAAUAGAUCGAUGUUGGCUCAUGUACAGGGGCUGCUGGGUAACGGGAGGGAGGGAGAGAGGGAGGGGCGGAAGGAGGGAGGGAUGAUGGGAUGUAUAGAUGAUUGAGGCAUAGGUCCUUGGUGACAUUUUAAGAAAUAAACCUGAAAGAUUGUCGAGACCCUAGAUGUGGUAGUUUGAUAUUGUUUGCAAAGAGUACUGAGAAGCUUCUCUUCGACUUUGCGGUUUGCUGGUGAGAGCAUGUAGGAACAUAGGGAUAGGUGCGAUUUUUGUUUUUUUACUUCAGACUGCAUAUACUCAUUUUCUCAACUGAUAUUUAAUUGCUCCCCACCCCACCCAACACCUCACCAUACCUUUGUUACUCAACAACAAAAAACCACUAAUCACAGCAGAUGAUGUGUCUGUUGAUCAAUCCCACUGUGAUGAAGGGAUGAGAGAGGGAAGAAAGAGAAUGGGAAGCCUUGUGUCCAGCAGAGGGGGUGCUCGCGUUGCACUUUCAAACGGUUUCAGCUCGUGAGGCUGCAUCAUAUCCACCCAAUCACACGAUCCUGACUGGACACAUGUGACUGGAGGACUAGAGAUUUAGGGGGGUGGGGAUUGACCAAAAGAGGUAUUGCAAAAGAAAAUGAGGCAACUGCCGAUAGUCCUGUUCAUAGACAGACUGACCAUCUCCUCUCACAGGGUAGUAUCUUGUAGAGUGGAAACAUGACCAUGCACCCACUGAAAGCGUUGUAUGCUACAGUGAGUGGAAUGCAGUUUUUAAGGACCAGCUACGCUGAAUUUAAAAGCAUUCUUAAAAAAAUGUAAAAAAUUCCAGCGUUGAAAUUCAGCGUAGUGUAAUGCAUAGUGGAGUACUUUACAAGAUGAUAAUUUCCAGACAAUGUUGUUUUACUGACUGAACCUCACUUAAAAUCAGUUGCUUUUUAUGAUUGCGUUUCUCUUUCUCUUGUUUUUGUCGAUGCAGAUAUUUUGUAUAUAUAGGAGAUGUUAUUGAUGGAAUGUAGAGUUGCUACCUGUGUUUUAACUGCAGUGAGAAGGGAGAGUCCCUCAGUGGGUGUGGCUUAGAUGCAUGUAGUGUUAGGUUUGAGACGGAACAAGGCAGCCAGUCAAAGUCCAGACCUUUCACCCUCCCACUCCCAGUCUCCCUAGUGACCUGUAGCUCUUUCCACUCAUCCCAGAUAGGCAAUUAGUGGAUUUUAGGUAGAAAAUGUGGGUGAAACCAGAGGGCUUUCUCCCCCGAAACUAAGCAGCGGUGUUCUGCUCGCGAUUGAAGAUGUGAACUACGUGCCUGAAUGGAGAGGGGAGAGAGAUACUGCCCAGAAUAUUCCCACCCCCCCACAAAUUGACCAUAUGCCUGCUCUGACCCAACAAAGAGUCAAAGGGAAAACCAGUCCUAGCGGGUGACAAAUAUCCACAAUGAUGUAUCAAUUUCUGAUUGGCAUGGUCUCAGGAGCUUUGGGUCAAAGUACGAAAUAGCUGCUCUGUCCCCCCCCCCCAAGUAAAAACACGCAAGGACCUGUGACUUAAGAGCUCAAACGGCUCCACAGACAGUUGAACUUUACUUCUGUUACUGCAAGACCCAGCUUGACCAAGAGGCAACCGGAGGAACCCUUCUCUUCUCCACAUUUUUCAGCCAUUUUGAAUUUUUAUUGCGUUCUGUUCCUUUGAUGCUCUACGACGUUACGCUCGUUUUAAUACUGGGUUCAGUGCUUCUGAAUCCUCAGGGAGUUCACCUGGAGGGGACACUUUGAAGGCAUACUAAAGCCAUGCAACUCCACAGGGCACUACCACCUGCAUGGUUUCCUCAUAUCCCUGUACGGUAGUACAUGGAGAGUUUGCUUUACUUUUGGAGAUAACAGCUGUUUUUAUACAUGUGUAAUGUCCGUUUUUUUUUUUUUUUUGUAUUUGAAUUCCAGAGAAUAAUCGUUUCAAAGGCAAGUUCAGUUUACCAAAUUAAAAAUUCAAACAGAAUGAAAAAUGUAUAAACUAAAAUCUCCUUUGGUUCUAAUUCUGUAUUUCUGUUCUGUAUUGUGCUGGUUGGAAUGGGGUUCGUGCUGGAUAAUAAAGUAAUGUUUUCAUCA